CGGCCAUCAGCUGGUGGCUUUCACUGUUUGGAGCGACGGCGCGACUGCUAAUUAUGCAGCACUGGCCAUCUAUAUGGCUAUUUGGAGUGGCUGCUCAGCAGUUUUUGGGCCUCGAAAUCGUUACAUUUGUGGGCAUGAUCGAAUGGAAAUUCGACUACGUAGGAACGGCAUGUCGUAGAGCGAGAGGGAAUAUGAUUUUGAGAGAAAAAGCAAAGGAGUUUCUUCCUUUUUUAGCUUGCCCCAGAAACCCUUUCCCACUUUCAUGUCAUUUGAAAUUGAAGCUCGGACUGUCAUACGUACAAAAAAUAUCAGGUAAUUGCUGGAAAAUCGCUGCUAGGAAUGGAUGAAUUCGAAGAGUACUGGAACAAGCUGUGCUCGAUAUUGGACGGGGUCCUGGAGUCGGACAUGUGGCCAGACCACCCGCUGGCCAUGGUCCUCUUCGAAAUGCCUACCGACGAGGCCAGAAGGAGACUGCGCCAGGCCCAGGCCAUAGCCAAAUGCGGCGGAGAAAGGAUCAUUUCGCUGGAGCACCUGCGGAGGGCGACGUGCACGAUUUCGCUGCGCCCGCGGAAGCAGCCGAAGCGCAAGAAACCCCCCGUGGAGACCCGCUGCCUUCGCCCCCGCUCGUCCUUGGUCAACUAUUGUGAGAUCUGAUGGGCCACACGGGCCUCCUUUUCUCCGUCCCAGGACGCCGCUGAAGACUGACAAGAUCACCCCAAAAUGUGUAUAAGAAAGGAUUGCAAUAAAGAGCCUUGGUCCAUCGAUGGGCUUCACUCGAACUGCUUGCCGGGGGGCCCCUUGGGGCGUCGCCGCGAAGCACUUGGAGACUCUUUCGCUGGACACUGAAGCGGCUACUUUGCAUGCGACCCGUGGGCCGGCGGCAGUUGGGGGCGCCCACGACCCAUGGGCUCUGUGUGGGGUCUGGGGCCGCUCUCCAGUCGAUGAUUAGAAACUUGCUCCAAAUCCAAUAUCCAAUGCUCCCCCCGAGCCGCGGGCCGCUCGACCCAUAUCAGCUAUUGUUUGGCGUUAAUCAGUUUAUAAAUACUUCGUCACUUGCAUUUUUGUUCCCCCUUUUCGACUGUACUCCCU